UGUCGCAGGCGGCCCAUUCUCCGGAGCCGAUGCCCGUGCCCUCCAUCACCGUCUCGCCCGCGCCGCGCCGUUGCAGCCGCAGCCGCCGCUAGAGAGGGCCUGCCGCCGCGCCUGCUGCUGCUGCAGCCGGCACCACGCUCCACUCUUCUUCUUCCCCUUCGCUCGCCCCGACAACAACCCCUUGUUCGCCGUGUUCUUCGUCUUCGCAUUGAGCCCGUGGGUGACGCCAGUGCUGUGUGUGUUUGCUCUCCGGUGCUUGGGCCCCGAGAGCCGUCGCGCGCUUGCGCCCACCCCGCCCACCACCACCGCAUCGGUCUCCAAGAAAGAAGGGGGGGACCCACGGUUGCGUACGUUGUCCCUGCACUGCACACUACCGCCGGCUGACUGUGUUGUGUCCCCAUCCAGACCCGACAACGAGUCCGCCACCGCCACGACCGGAUCCCGGCGUGCUUCAAUGGUCAUUCUGUAAGUCCCCACCAUGCUGCCUGUCUCUUCUGUCUGUGUGCUGACGUGCGUUAAAGAGAUCGUCGCGAGCACCAGCUUCGGGGACGGCUAAAGCCUACAGCCUCCCCAGCUCAGGAGCAUGUCGUCUAAGCGCAAGAGUCCGCCCACCAAGCUGUCGACGGACGAGCUGCGGAGCGAGGAAGAGCAGGAGGAAGACGGGGCCCUGUGCGAAGGCGCCGACGCCGAUGAGGAAGAGGAGGAUGAGGACGAAGAGGAGGACGACGACGAGACCGCCGCCAGCCGCCUCAGGCUGAGCGCAGCGUCGUGCAGCGAUGGCGAAGCGCUGCUGUCCGGCCGUGCACUCAUGGGAGGACCCCCCGAUCAACUCAUGGAAGAGGACGAAGACGACGACGUGGUCGCGGCGGCAGCGGCGGCGGCUGCCGAGGAAGACGAGGAGUACGACGAGCGCGCCGUCGCCCUCGACGAGUUCGACGAGGAUGGCCGCUCCGACAGCCUCGGCUCGGACGCACUGGCGCACAGCCCAAACGGGAACGCGUCUCAUCACGGAAGCUACGCGCCGGGCGACCGACUCCUCGGUUCCCGGCACACAGACUCCGAGGACUCGGACGCGUACGGACCGGGCUCGCCGGCCGAGAACCUCACGACGACGGCGCCCAUGGUGUCGCCGGUCGCACACCAGCCGCACAGGCGUCGUCAGCAGCCGGCGCACCAGCACCACGCACAGCAAAGGACGCCGCCGGCGCCGCCACCUCCGCUGCUUCCUUCGACGUCCUCUGAAGGGGGACGCCCCAAGAAGUCCAUGGACGACGUACUCAAGAGGCUCACUUCCAAGAUGCACACGAGCGCCACGCUCAACGAUGGAGCCUCCUCCAGGGCGCCGAUGGAACACCGGUCCCGAGGAGGAGGAAGCAGCCACGCGGACGGCGUUGGCGAUCACGGCGGCCGGAGGCGCGUCACGCUGCAGCUGGAAGGGGAGACCCUGCGGCUCGCAUUGUCCGGCGGCAGCCUGAGGGACAACGAACGCCGGCUCACCGAGAUGAUCAACCAGCUGCAACAGCUGAGAGAUCAGCUGCUCGUUCAGCAGAGGCUCCAAAUGACACAGCUGGAGCAGGAGGGUCUGGCCAACCAGCAUCAGCAGGAGGAGCUGCGGCGACAGCAAGAGCAACUGCUUGAGCAGCAGCAGAAGUUGCACGAGCUGCAAGCGCGGCUCAGUGGUCAGUACAUGGCCGCGGCUUCGGUGUCCAAAGGAUUUCUGCUGAUGCCCAUGCUGGAGGCCGCACUGCCCCGGGUGCCAGCGAGGCCCGUAUCGUCGCCCACGGCCGCGCAUACACCGCCCACGGCGGCCAUGUCUCCGCUGCAGCCGUGGGUGACGGGUGGAUCACCUUUUCUGCCGCUUUCGGGCAGUUCGCUAACGCCUGCUGCGCGACUUGUGCCAGGCAGUGGAGGUCCCACCGGCAAUUCCUGUCAGGGCAACCGGACGCCCACGCCCAGCGCCGCGGCACCGGACCCGGCACCCGACCUCGACACCCCGCUCAACCUCAGCAAGCCCCGAGGAAGCUCGUCGGGCAGCACUGCCAGCAGCGUCAGCGGGAGCCCGACACCUGCAAGCGUGAAGCACGAGGCCAGGGACUCCGACCGCAGCUCAGUAUCGCCCCGGGGCUUUCACCCAGGAAUCUCACCUCACUCCGCAGCCAGCCUUCUCAGUGCCACUGCUGCCAGCGCCCCCAUAUCGGUUGGUUCUCCGUUCUUGUCAGCUGCAGCAGCCUACCCAGGUCUUCCUCCUGUUCUCAGACAUCCCCCUGGUAUCCCCGUGUCACUCUCAAGCCUGAUGGGUCACCCUGCAAUUCCCUCCUACACCGGUAUCUUGCUAUCCGGUGGUGGCCUUGGUCACAAGGAACUGGGGGCUCCUGGUUCCCUGGUGGGGCCGGACAAACCAUUUCCCCUGCACCUGUACCUGCCCCAGUCCACCGCCGCCGCUGGUGGCGCCCUCCCACGGCCACCGGCCUCGUCUUCCGCGCCCCGCCGCGAUAACGACAGCUCGGCCUCCGAGACCGACACCAAAGGAUCAAGCAAAAUAGUCGGUGCUAAGAUUAUACGACAGACCAAGAAGGAUCCGGACGGAAAACCUCACAUCAAGCGGCCGAUGAAUGCCUUCAUGGUCUGGGCGAAAGACGAACGACGCAAAAUUCUCAAGGCCUGUCCGGACAUGCACAACUCCAACAUCUCGAAAAUACUCGGCGCUCGAUGGAAGGGCAUGUCCAACUCUGAGAAGCAGCCCUACUACGAGGAACAGUCGCGGCUUAGUAAGCUGCACAUGGAGAAGCACCCAGACUACCGGUACCGACCGCGGCCCAAGCGCACCUGCAUCGUGGAUGGCAAGAAGCUGCGCAUCUCCGAAUACAAGUCCCUUAUGAGGGCUAGAAGGUACCGCGAAGGUGGGCUGGGUCUAUUGGACACUCCACCGAGUCUCGUCAGUCCGACCAGCAUGGCGUCGCUGCUGGGCGCUCCGUCGUCAGCGAUGACGUCAUCUCCGAGCGCCGGCGAGCUCGUCAGCACUCUGUCGGGCAAGAUGGCGCGCAUGCCGUCUUCGAACGGCAUCGGCGACUCCCACGGCAAGCGGUCGUCGCUGUCGCCGGCCAGUUUUAUGGAGACCUGAACUCUGCCGCCAUGCAAUCCGCGCCCACGACGCGAGACCUAGAAAAAAGAACCCCCGAGUUGAGGGAGAGAGCGUGUUGGUGGUCACCCUCUCCUACGCCGCGCUAUACACCUGGACUUAUAUAGAACAAACCCCGCGAAGAUACGAUGCGCACGAAGUUCUGGAAACGAGACGUGUUGUUUGUCUCUCCUCCAAGUGCAAUGUUUGUACGCGUCCCUCAGCCUACUGCCCUCCCACUACGCUCCCCACCCCACCAGACCUCGAUGUUCUUCUAUCCGUGCCCGCUUUUUAUUUAAAUACGCGGUAGCGUAGUGUGUCGAUGUACUGUUCGUGUGCAAUGCAGAGGUGCCAAAAUCGCCGCCGUGAUGGGACCUUCUGCAGCGCUAGCUAGAGUGCGUGUAAAAGUGUGCGUGCGUGUGUUUGCGUGUGAGCGCGCGCGGGUGUGUGUGUGUGUGUGUAUUGUUCUAUUCCUUUUAUCUGACGGCUUGUUUCGGCAGCAUUCAGAGUUCUUCCUCUGCAUGAUUUUUGUCCCUUAAGAGAUGGAGGGAUGUGUGAUCUAGCUCUGAACGACGAUGGGAACAUGGUGAGGAGGCAAGAAAAAAAAAAACUGGAGAAGAGAAUCACAUCGCCGCCAUCACCCUCUUUUUUUACGUGUUGUGGUCCAUUUCCCGCGUUCUUGUUAUAUAUCGGACUUUGCAAUUUCGAAUAUGUGUAUAACCGUGUUUGCCUUUUUUUUCCUUUUGUGGUUUUCUUUUAAGAUAAGUUUAAGUUCAGUUUCAUUAUUUUUUCUUCUGUGUCACUCUUGUAUCUCAUGGCUGCAACCAGGUGAUGCUGGCCGUUGUUGCAAAUGGAUGCUUGCCACACCGCGAGCACUUGUUCCUUCUACACUUCAAAAACACGGGGCUGUUUAUCUUGUCCCUUUAUGUGCAGCUCGGAUGUCACACCCAAGAGGUCUAAGGGGGAAAAAUUGAAGCGUCUCUGCCUAUACUGGAAGUUUACAAAACAUGUACAGUGUAGCAAUGUAAAUGAUGUAACACAGAGAUCGACUAAAUAUAAAGCAAGCAUCUCCAAAUGUAAGCAUAAGUUUGUGCCCUCAAUGGGAGUAAUAUCAGGAGGUUCAUCUGUGUGACUAUACAGAGGCAACUUCUAAGAAAAUGACCCCCAAUGUAUGGUGUUGUCUGUAAAGGCCCUGAGUGGUGCAUUGAAAUGUGCAUUGUCAGCGCAUGGCUAAACUGCAACAGUGUUGCCUUGCUGCUGCCUCUGCUUCUUCUUACACAACUGCGAGGCUUGCAAACAAUAAAAAAAAAGAAUCGGCUACAUAUGCUGUAACAGAAACACCAAACGCAGCCCUUUGUAGACCAUGUUUAUCUUGACAGUGUGGCAUUUUGCUGCUGUGCUACCGUGAACUGCCUGCCUACCGAAUGGAGAUUGCGGGCAUGGCGGACAGUUUAAAGUCUUAGUGUUGUAUCUGAUUAUUGUGUCAUAAUGGGCCAUCGAAUCCCACCCGACGUUAUCCCAUGCCAGAACCAGCCUCCGUUUGAUUCUUUUUUUUUUCGUCGUAUGAACAUGCUCAACCAUUGUAAACAUACAAUCUAGUCUGUGAUGUUACAUUUGAAGGCAUGGCAUUAUUUUCAGUGUACAAUGACCCAGUUUCAGAUGUUUUCAGUGGGUCUGCUUCCUUCAUCAGUGCUAACAAGUGUGUUCAAAUGACUUUUGUUUUUGGAUUUCUUUGUUUUUUUUCCAGUAACGUACAUCUUUCACUGAUUUUGUCACCAGCUUCAGACUUACGCGUAUUUAUGCAAUUGACUCAAGCAGAAAAAAAAAAUACCUCACGGAAACUUUCUUGAGGAGCUUUUUCACCCUAAUAGGCAUGGGCAAAUGAUAGUUUGUAACUGCUGUAGGCCUUUAUUGUAAUAAUUUCCGAGAUAUCUUAGGCAAAUCUCUGUAUCAUAUUUCAUUGGUUUAUUGUUGUAACAAGUGUUACCCUCAGCUGGGGAUAAGUGCAAGACUAGUAGCCUAUUGAAACGUGUGAACCUAUUUAUGGUGUCCUUUUUUUUCUGUAAGAUAAACUCAUGACACGCUUAUUCAUCAUUCUCGUCUGUAUUGUUAACUGUGUUUUUAUUUUUCUCAUUUUUACUUAAGCAUUAAUUGUUGACUAUGAGAACUGCUCUGGUUGUCACACCAGUUUAUCCCUCAGAGGCAGAUUCUGAGAUGACAAUAUUGAAGCACGCAAGUUGUUUGUGGGAUAUGAUCUUUCUUCCUCAUCUUUUUCUCCAGUUGUGUUAGAGUAUGUCGAACAGUGUAAUAGAAGAUGGGUUGAGAAAAAUCAAUGCUUCAUUCUUGCUUUUCCUUUUUUUUAUGUGAAGUUAGCUGGCACAUUUUCACACAUGUUUAGAAAACACAAUACUGGCAUUAUGCUUUCGUCAACUCGCAGAAUGUGUUCAAACCUUAGUAGCAGCACAGCUUUUUCAUACAACCCAUCAACGUUAACAAAUAUACAUAACAUGGAAAGCACUCGUCUAAAAUUAAUCGGCAGUCUACAAACUCCCCUAAAGCAUACCACCAUUUUACGUCUCAGAAAAUUCAUAAUUUGUUCGCAUUAUAAUUGUGAAAGCUACACUGCAUAUAACACAUGCAUCUUUAUAGGCAAAUGAAGCUUUUCUUGUUGUUCGAGAUUAUUCGAGAAUUCAACAAAAUCUUCGAGAUUAUUUGAGAAAUCAACAAAAUGUCAGUGCGUUCCAGUUUUGGAAUUGCAGGUAGCUACUUUUAAGCUCAAGAAGAAACAAUCUCGCUGUGAGUUUGGAAGAUUUAGCCGACUGAUUUGCGCACGCUACACCUUAAAUAUUCUCCACGUUGUUUUUUUUAGCAGAGGGUAAUCUAUAGACGCACUCUUUGGAAGCAGUGUUAUUUCCGUGCAAUGCUGCACUACAUCGGAAGUAACUGAUGUGAGCACAGCCACGUUCACAGUCCUCAAGACGCUAGUCGUGAAGAAGAUGCCACUCAAGUUUCACGCAUCUACCUGCCUACUCAAUGUCUUCAUAACUGAACCCUUCACUGUUCCACAAACAACUCUUCGUUAAAAGUGACAUUUUAUUUUUAUUUAACGUACCGGUGGAGUUCUCAUGAAGUAUUGUUUCGAAAUCUCAUUUUGGAGCAGUAUUUAUUGCGGGCUUUUUCUCUGGAUCGCUAAAUGCGGCCGACAUGUCUGUUGACCGGAAACGUACAGUUGGAUAGCAGUAGGAAACAGUGGCUUGUUACUGUAUGUUAGAUUUUAAAAACCUUGCAAGUGUGCGUGUUCAUUGUCAACUGCAACAAAGUGUAUGUGCACCUGAGAGUCAGAAAGCUGAUCCGAUGUAGAAAGAAAAUACCUUGCACAUCUCUUUAAAGAGAGACUGAGUGCCCUUCCUUGCAUGAAUGAUUUCAACACUGUUUACUAUGUGUACAUUAUAGACCAAUUAAAACUGCAAAGAAAACUUGAA